AUGGCGGACACAACAUGUGCUGACAACCCCAGCGACACCUCACAAGAUAUCCUCACUCGAAUAAACAAUCACUUCGAGGCAUUCUGGAGGAAGCUGGUGGGUAAGCUAAAUCAACCUGCCUCAUCACGACCACCCACUCCCAUCAAUCGAACCGGCAUCUACACAGCCACCCAGCGCCCUCACUCACCCAAGCAGGGCGCCAAUGCAAGCCUGCCUUCCCGCCCCGCCGUCGAUCCGGCAAAGACCGACACUGCGCUCCACACUGUCAGAAGAGGCACAUAUCGCAGCGACACCUACAGACACGAAGAGGACCCUGUGGGCCUAGACCUGCUCACGGACUGUGCUACUCGACGGCAGACAGGGCAUGGAAGUGCGGAGGAUCUCGGAGCAUGA